AUGCUCGCAUCUUCAAAAGUUCAUGAUAUUGAUAAUGAUAAUGAUAAGAUUUUAGUAACAAAAGUUAUAUUAACACAAAAUGAAUAUUAUGCAACAAUACUUAAUAAAUUUGAACAUAAUCAUCUUAAACUUAUUAGCAAACAUAUUAAUUGUCAUCAUGAUAUAAAUGCAUGUAAAUUACGAACAGCUAUGCAUGAUUUUAGAAAAUGCUUAAAUCAUAAUCAAGAAGUUAUUUGUAAUGCUGAUGAAUUUUUUAUGAAUAGAAAGGUAAAAUUUCGUUAUAAAAUUAUUAUUUAG